AUGUGCUUUGGUUGGUGGUUCAGUUUGACUAAUUUUUCUCUAUUUUGGAGAUGCGCGUCGCGUGUAAUUAUUUCCUUACUAAACAUUGCAAGAACAAGCUACAUGGAAGUCAGUUUUGAAAUUGGUGGGGAACCCUUCAAUGAAUACUCAGAGGAUAAUGUCAGAUUGAAUGAAUUAAUUGCUGCCGAUGUAAUUCUGAACUACAUGCGAGGCAGGUUCAAUUUUCCCAAAUAUAAUACGACCAUCUUACAAAGCAAAGACUUGCCAAAAUCAUUAUUAAAAAUCGCUGUCGAUAUCAUUGAUGGAACUAUUGGAAACCUUUACAUUAAACAUAAUGGAAGCAAUUGGAAGAGAGAAAAGAAGGUGGAACUAAAAGAACCUGGGCUACUAUUUGUAUUUCUAGUAGACCCGAAAUCAACCACAGUAGUGGCUUACAUAUGCUUCAAAUUGUGUCUUGAUGAUGACGACGACUUGGUGUUAUAUUUGUACGAAAUACAUAUAACUGAAGAACAUCAAGGCCAAGGACUCGGGCAAUUCUUGAUAGAUGACUUUCACAAACUAUGCAUUGACUUGGUUAAAUCACCCAAUAAGUUGUACAAGCUAUUAGUGGGCAUGGCGUUAACGGUGUUCUCCGACAAUGAAAGAGCAUUGUUGUGGUAUAGAAACAUGGGCUACAAAUUGACUGUUGAUUCUCCAGUUGACAAAGUAUUGAGAAAUGGCAAGGUUAUAAAACCUGAUUACUAUCUACUAAAACAUGUAAUAACUAUUUAG